AUAUAGACCGAGGGGGGAGGGGCGGAGGCGUCGAGGGUGCAGAACGAGGUCGGGCGAGCAGGCAGGAGUUCCACCGGGAGAGCGCCCAGCCUUCUCGAAAUCCCCUUUCCCCAUGACCAACUUCUGAUUCCAGUCCUGCUAGAAGCGCGUUAAACAAUGGACGUAAAAGAUGAGAUGGAAAAGAUCAAUAUUGUGACCGAAAACCACCAGGAGGCAGAGGUGGGAGACCAGGCGACGGGGUUGCUGGGCUCUGCGAAAGCUCCCUUGAGCACCUGGCACCAUAAAUGUGCCUCUUACGUCUUGGCCCUCCGUCCCUGGAGUUUCAGCGCCUCCCUGACCCCGGUGGCCCUCGGCAGCGCCCUCGCUUACCGCUCCAAGGGGACCUUAGACCCGGGACUCCUGGUGGGCAGCGCCGUGACGGUCUUGGCUGUCCAUGGAGCCGGGAACCUGGUCAACACCUACUAUGACUUCUCCAAGGGCAUCGAUCACAAAAAGAGCGAUGAUCGGACCCUGGUGGACCGGAUCCUAGAGCCUCAAGACGUCGUCAGAUUCGGGGUCUUUCUGUACACCUUGGGGUGCCUCUCGGCAGCUUUUCUUUACUGCUUUUCCACCCUCAAGUUGGAACAUUUAGCCCUGAUCUACUUUGGGGGGCUUUCGAGCUCCUUCCUUUAUACUGGAGGUAUUGGGUUUAAGUACGUGGCGCUGGGCGACGUGGUGAUCCUCAUCACCUUCGGGCCGCUGGCCGUGAUGUUUGCCUAUGCUGUGCAGGUGGGUUACCUCUCUGUCUCGCCGCUGCUGUACGCCGUCCCCCUGGCGCUCAGCACUGAGGCCAUCCUGCACAGCAACAACACUCGGGACAUGGAGUCGGACCAGCAGGCGGGCAUCGUCACUUUGGCCAUCCUUAUUGGCCCCACCUUCUCUUACGUCCUGUACAACAGCCUCCUCUUCCUGCCGUACCUCAUCUUCUGCCUCUUGGCCACCCGUUACACCAUCAGCAUGGCCCUCCCCUUGCUCACCCUUCCCAUGGCCUUCUCGCUGGAAAGACAGUUCCGCAGCCGCAGCUUCAUCAAGAUCCCUCAAAGGACCGCGAAGCUGAACCUCCUUCUGGGACUCUUCUACGUCUUUGCCAUCAUCUUGGCCCCUCCGGGGGCCCUGCCGAACCUCUAGGGCACCCCCACCCCCCGAGGCUCCGGAGAGAAAGGCUUGUCACUGGUUCCCCCUGCACUCAAGAUGCCCUUGUUUGUUGUUUUGGCUUCUCUUGGACAUAAAGAAGUGGUGGUGGUUGGAGGGGGGGGGAUCGUUUGGAGGGUCUCAGUCGCUACUUGUCUGUGCAGCUUUGGUGACGUGGCCAUGUGUGGUUAGGCCAACCCCUGCUUAUAGGGCUUCCUGUGUGUAAAAGAGGCUGCAUUGUUAUCUUUUUGAAGCAGGGGGUGGCAGCUUGUGGCUCGCCGAAUAUUUGCUGGACUGCAGUUCCCAUUGUCCUGCACUGUCAGCUGUGCCAGCCGAGGCUGAUUGAAGUAGGAGUCUAGCUGGGGGGGGGGGAAUAGAGGGGAGAGUGAAGAUAUUUAUAACAUGUUUAAGCCAGAAAGGUUUUUUUUCUUCAUGUUUGUUUCUUGGUUGGUUUUUUUAAAAAAAUUCUAAAUAUACAUAUGUAUUACUUGGUUGCCUUUAUAAGAUAAGAGCUCUAGGCCAUGUGAAAAGUUGUGGGUUUUUUUGGUUUGUUUUCUAAAAGCUUUUGAACAAUUUAAACAAACUAGAACAAAAAAGCCAAAGAGCCAUCAAACUAGAAAAAUAUCACCUUUCUGGACUACAGCAUCCACAAUCCCGACCCAAGGGGGACUCAGGACUCGCUGUUCCCGCAAAAAGUAGUUUUGCAGUUUGUUGUGUUAGAUAGUUGUGCUACAGAAGGCAGGUGUUAAAUUUAUGAUUGAGAAAAAAGAAUUACCAGCUGCUUAGAUUCUUGUGGCAGGGAGUUCCACUGGGCCGUUUCACAGAAAAGAAUUCCACAGAGUUGACUUGAUAACCAUGAAACAGGUGGCCUUGACUCAUCUUUCAUACAAUCUGACCUCAGAGAGAUGGGGAUUUGACCAUGUACGGUUGCCAUGCUUACAAUCUGAUUUCACAUUUAAUAGGUGCUCCGCCUUGCUACUCAAAGUGCUGAAAGGGUGGUAAUGAUGACCUUAGACAGUCACACGGUUUAUCCGGCGGUGGCAAUUAGGAGGUGUGAUUUGGUGGGGCCCCUUUCAGAGUAGCACAUCAUCUGUUAAAACAUAAUAUUAGGAUCCACAAGGAUUGCACAUUUAGAUUGAGUGGGUUGAGGACGUUGACGUCAAAUCAGUCUCUCUCUCUCUCGCCCCCGUACUUCCUGUUUGUUUCUCAAAACUUUGGUUGCUUCAAAUACCUUUGUCACUUGAGAAAGGAGUGGCAGGGAGUUCCACAGUCACAGAAGUCAUGGAGGGGUGGGCUGCACCAGCAAAUUCUGUGCUUGUCUGUUUUCUGGGUUGGGACAUGGACAGGGGACUUUUAGCCUAGGAGUUGUUUUGAUUAACACUUCCCCUCUGUCUUGCUCGGCAUCGCCGAUGGUAAGGGAUGGGAGGUUGGAGUUCAGAACCCACCACAUGGAACCGUUGGCCGAGUCUGUAAGAAACGCCCUGGAUCCCUCUACAAGCGCUGGAGUCCUUUCUAAAAUUUCUUUCACUCUUGCCAGUUCUUUGCCUGCGAUGGAGAGAACAAGCCAUGAGAAACCAGAGCGAAGAAAGCUCUGAAAAAUUAAACUUCCUAGCGGUUGCUCGUUCGCAACAGCAAAGCAGUCCGUAGGUUUUUAAAACAAAUGGAACAGUCUCCUGAAAGGGUGAGGAUGACGUUGGUGGAAUAUGUUGCCCCGCGAGGAGAAAAAAUCCACCUUAAAAAUAAAAAAAAACAACCGGAGGUGGGUGGGUGUUUUUCCAAAUAGCAGGGAAAUAUAAUUGUAGGAGACCGGGGUCUCCUCUAUGGAGAGGAAAAGGUCCAAGCGCCGGUCUGUGUUGCCCCUACAAGGCAUCGUUUAGCGGAUCUUUCCCCAUUGGCCACAUCCUGAGUUCGCCAGCGUGUGGCACUCAAUGCCUGCACAGAGAAGGGGGUGAUGCUUGCGUCAGAUAAAAGUUCAGGGUGUCCUUCCCAAUGUGCCGCUGCGUGCUUGGGACAAUCUGGCAGAGGUGUGGAGACGGCGGUGGGGGGGGCGAUUUUAACUUCCGUUGGUGUUGCUUUUGUGAUGCUUUAGCGCUCAAGAGCUUCUCGGGGAGGCCUUGAGCCAUCCGUUUUGGCCUGCAAAGGGGUUGGUUUCGGCUGUUCCUCUCGGAACGACCUGAGCUUUGCGCGGCUCUCCCUUCCCUCCUCUGGGUUGUCACCUGUUGGCUCUUCCUUCCCUGUUGGGAUGAUAUCUUGGCAACCAUCAUCCUCAGCCAGCAUCCCACGGUUUGGGGAUAGGCCGACUGAGUCAAGCCACCCUCCCACUGGCCUCCAGCAGAUGAUUGCCUUUCCAAAGGAGAGCGGAUUAAAGGGCCUCGCCCUUCCGUAGCGCAUCUCCCGGGAUUUGCUCCCGAUCCGUUCAGAGGGGACGUGGGCGGGUCCGGCUGAGAACGCCCUGGCUCGCCUCUGCUAUCAUCCUAGCCCAUCUUGUCCCCGCCCUGGGCCCUGCGUUGGUUUUCCCCGCGUCCGUCUCCUCUCCCGCAGUUCUGUGCCGUUCCCUGAAAGCCGGUCUCUUGCAGUGACAGGUGUGGUGCUAUGAUUGGCGGGGCGGCGGGGGGGGCUGAUUUGGCCCGAGGGCUCAUAGUUGCAAACCUCUGGGACGGAAAAGCACAGAGCAACCCACGCUCUCUCGUAAGUUAGGGUGUCAGUCCUGACGCUGAGUACGUCAUCGGUCUUGUUCAGGAGGGAAAGCUCCGGCUUUAAGGAAUGGGUCUGCUUCCAGUGAACUCGGGACACGAAGCAUUUUUAGCAUUGUUGUUAAAAUUAAAAAAAAA